AUGGUGUUUGAUCUACUACGGAUGUAUCAACUCAGAAUGAAACCUUUGAAAUGUGCAUUUGGAGUUACUUCUGGAAAAUUCCUUGGCUUCGUUUUUCGAUAUCGAGGGAUAGAGAUUGAUCAAGCCAAAGUAGAUACAAUCCUGAAAAUGCCCGAGAUAAGAAAUAUCUAUGAAUUGAAAAGUCUGCAAGGGAAGUUGGCAUAUCUUAGGAGAUUCAUCUCAAAUUUAGCAGGGAAGUGUCAACCAUUCAGUCGUCUCAUGAAGAAGGGUGUCCCUUUUGAGUGGGACCAUGCUUGUAGUAACGCCUUCGACAACAUUAAAUCUUACUUGAAGAGACCUCCAGUUCUAGCGGCUCCCAUUCCUGGGAAGCCAUUGAUAUUAUAUAUAGCGGCACAUGAAAGAUCGGUUGGAGCGCUCUUAGCCCAAGAGAAUAGUAAAGGGAAAGAAAAUUCUCUUUACUACUUGAGUAGAAUGAUGAAGCCAAACGAGCUAAAGUAUUCACCGAUCGAGAAGCUAUGUUUGGCCCUAGUCUUCUCAAUUCAGAAGUUGAAACACUACUUUCAAGCUCAUGUUGUCCGUCUCAUUUCCCAAGAAAACCCCAUCAAGUUUGUGAUGUCAAAACAUGUCCUUAGUGACCGACUAGCAAGGUGGUACCUCCAAUUUCAACAAUUUGAGAUUGUGUACGUGCCUCAGAAAGCCAUGAAAGGGCAAGCAUUGGCAGACUUCUUAGCUGAUCAUCCGACGGAUGAUUGGGGGCUAACUAACGAGCUACCUGAUGAGGAUGCAAUGGUCGUCGAAGUUGAACCACCUUGGAAGAUGUAUUUCGAUGGCGCCUCACAUUGCGAGGGAGCUGACUCCGAGUUGGUGAUCAAUCAAUUGCUUGGUAGCUACAAGGUCAAAAGGCCAGAAUUGCGUCCCUAUCAUGACUAUGCACAGAAAUUGAUUGGAUGGCUUGGCAACGUCACUCUUCAGCAUGUGCCAAGGAAGGAAAAUAAGAAAGUUGGCGCCCUAGCUACUCUGGCUUCAAUAUUGACUCUGCCCGACCAAAUGCAAAUCAUUAUCUGCCAAAAAUGGAUAGUACCACCAGAUGGGGAUGAGGAUGAAAAAAGCAAGCUUGAGCGUCUUGUAGCCGUUUUUGAAGCUGAGAAGCAUCUUGGCCAUUUGAUGCUUGGGAUUAGACGUCGUUGGACCGCUACCGAAAUCUUCUGGUGGCCACUUGUUAUCUUAGUUGCAACUGAUUACUUCUUGAAAUGGGCGGAGGAUGUCGCCCUCAAAGAAGUGAAGAAGGAGAAUGUUGCAAACUUCAUUCGAGUGAAUAUCAUCUAUCAUUUCGGCAUUCCUAGUUAUAUCAUAACAGAUAAUGGCAAGUCGUUCAAUAACAAAUUGAUAACCAAGAUAUGCGACCUUUUUGGGUUCAAGCAACGUAAUUCAUCAAUGUAUUAUGCUGCUACAAAUGGACUGGUCGAAGCAUUUAACAAGACACUAUGCAACUUGUUAAAGAAGGUCGUCUCCAAAUCUAAAAGAGAUUGGCAUGACAAAAUUGAAGAAGCUUUGUGGGCAUAUCGGACGACUCAUCGCACACCAACACAAGCUACUCCUUAUUCUCUUGUUUAUGGAGUCGAAGCAGUUCUUCCUCUUGAGCGUCAAAUACCAUCCUUACAACUCACUAUCCAACAAGGGCUUACUGAAGGAAAGCGCUCGUUUACGUCUUGA